AUGAUCCUUGGGAACCUCAGUGGAGUGAGUGAAUUCAGACUCCUGGGUUUUCCUGAGAUCUCUCAUUUGCACCCUUUGCUCUUUGUAGUUUUGUUAUCUCUUUAUAUUCUCACCCUGAUGGCUAACACAGUGAUCAUUCUCCUAAUAAACAGUGACAACACCCUUCACACCCCCAUGUACUUCUUCCUCACCCAGCUGUCCUGUUUGGAUAUCUGCUAUUUGUCAGUCAUCAUCCCAGCUAUUCUGGAGAACCUGAUGGUGGGAACAGUAAGUAUUUCCAAGACCAGAUGUGCAAUGCAAAUGUUUUUCUUCCUUUUCUUUGGCGUCGCUGAAUGUUUCCUCUUGGCUGCCAUGGCCCUCGAUCGCUAUUUUGCCGUUUGCUACCCCUUGCAUUACACAAUUAUCAUGAGCAGCAGGGUCUGCAGGAGCCUGGUGGUUGGAAGUUACAUUUGUGGAGCUGCCGUGGGUUUGGUUCACACCCUCACAACUUUCAGCUCACCCCUGUGUGGCUCUGCCAUCGACCACUUCUUCUGCGAGGUUCAGCCUCUCCUGGAGCUGCUUUGUGGCAACACUUUCCCAAGAGAAGUCCAAGUCAUUGUGGUGGCUGUCUUUGCUAUUCUGAGCCCUUUUUUACUGAUCAUUUAUUCCUAUGUUCGUAUCAUUUCCACAAUUCUUCACAUGGCAUCAGCUGAGAGCCAGCAGAAAGCGUUUUCCACCUGCUCCUCACACCUCUUGGUUGUGAUUCUUUUUUAUGGCACUGCAGGCUCCAUGUAUCUGCGGCCAAAAUACAGCUACUGUGCAUCUGUGGAUAAAUUCCUCUCACUUUCCUGCUCUGUGGUGACUCCUUUAUUGAAUCCCAUCAUUUACACUUUGAGGAAUAAGGAGGUGAAAGGAGCCCUGAAGAAAAAAUGGAGAAAAACUAAUUUAGUGUGA